AUGUGGUUCAGGAGGACUCUAAAGCAGAAUAGGAAGGUCAUGAUCCCCCUUCACCUCAUCACCUCCUCCAUGUGGUUUGGGACAUUUUACUAUGCUGCCAUGCAGGGUGUAAAUGUUGUUCUGUUUCUGGAUUAUGUUGGACUCCCGCAGGAGCUUGUUAAACUGUUGGAGCAUUCCCAGAGUUGCUAUGCACUGAAUGCUCAUAUCUCAUUUCACGUUUGGACAGCAAUUGUGGCAAUAAGGGGGACGUCAUUCUCGAUCAGGUACCUCCAUAAACACAGCCAAAUGACCACCCCACUGCCCAUUAAGGAGUAUCUGCAGGACAAGAUGGAGGAGACCAAGGAACGCCUCUCUGAGAAGAUGGAUUGAAACCAAGGACGGGUUGUCUGAGAAGAUGGAAGAGCUCAUCGGUCGGGGAGGAUUGGGGACAACAAGGACAAGUUGGCAGAGAAACUCCAGGAGACCAAAGACCAAGUGUUUUUCAGAAAGAAACCAGAGUAG